GUUGGAUAAGCGGAGAUAUUUCUCCACUCUAAUUUGUGUCGGACUUUUCUCAAACGUACGCGACCCUCUUCUCCACCGGGUCCGAUCGACCUCUAUCUCUCUGUCUCUGAUAAACCCAUCCUAUUACCUUUCUUUCUCCUCCUCGUUCCCAAAUACUAUUUGAAGUUAUAGGUGUCAAUUAUUUUCUUUAUCGCUAUAUAUAGUUGUAUAUAAACACAUAUAGAUACAUAUAUAUUUUCAAGGCGGAGAGAGAUGUCGGAGAAAUUCUCUGCAACACUUAGAAUUGGGGACCUCAAUGACUACAUAGCACCUUCACAAGGUUGCGUUGUUUCUCUUAACGGACUCAAGGCCAAAUCCACCAAGCUCGACAAAUCAUUGAAUCCUGAGAAGGUUGGCUCCUCUAUUGAACCACUGCAGACAAAACCAGUGCAGAUUUCACUCAAGGACUGCUUAGCAUGCAGUGGGUGCAUAACAUCAGCAGAGACAGUUAUGCUUCAGAAGCAAAGUUUAGAUGAGUUUCUUUCGCAGAUCAAUGAAGGGAAGGCUGUUAUUGUCUCUCUCUCUCCCCAGUCAAGGGCUUCUCUUGCCGUUCAUUUUGGCCUUUCCCCACUUGAAGUUUUUAGGAAACUUACAACAUUUCUCAAGUCCUUGGGAGUGAAGGCUAUAUUCGAUACCAGCUGCAGUAGAGAUAUAUCACUUAUUGAAUCGUGCAAUGAAUUCAUAUCACGUUACAAACAAAGUCAUUCAAUGGAUGAUGAAAAACAUAAAUCAUCUCUACCCAUGAUUUCCUCAGCUUGUCCAGGUUGGAUAUGCUAUGCCGAAAAAACUCUUGGAUCCUAUAUUUUGCCUUAUAUAUCCUCAGUGAAGAGUCCCCAACAAACUAUUGGAGCUAUCAUCAAGCACCAGAUAUGCCAAAAGCUAUCUCUUAGGCCAGAUGAAAUCUACCACGUGACAGUGAUGCCUUGUUAUGAUAAAAAGCUUGAGGCUGCUAGGGAUGACUUUGUGUUUCAAGUGGAACAUCAAGGUGAUGGUCAUGAGAAUGCUAGUAUAGAAAUUACAGAGGUAGACUCUGUGUUGACAUCUGGAGAGAUAUUAGACUUGAUACAGUUAAAAUCAGUAGAUUUCAAAGCAUUGGAAGAGUCUCCCCUAGAUAAAUUGCUAACAAAUGUUAAUGACGAGGGACAUCUUUAUGGGGUUUAUGGAAGCUCUGGAGGAUAUGCAGACACAAUUUUUCGAUAUGCUGCUAAAAUGCUUUUUGGGAGAGAAAUUAAAGGCCCUCUGGACUAUAAGACUAUAAGGAAUUCAGAUUUCCAAGAGGUGACUCUUGAAGUGGAAGGCAAAACAUUACUGAAGUUUGCCCUAUGUUAUGGCUUCAGAAACCUGCAGAAUGUUGUGAGGAAAAUCAAAAUUGGAAAAUGCGAUUACCAUUAUCUGGAGGUUAUGGCAUGCCCGUCAGGGUGCUUGAAUGGUGGUGGUCAAAUCAAGCCAAAGUCAGGGCAAUCUGGCAAGGAUUUGAUUCAAUCAUUAGAAAAUGCUUAUAUGGAAAAUGUUUUGGUUGCUGAUCCUUUUGAGAAUCCCCUUGUAAAAAGUUUAUAUGAUGUGUGGCUUGAGCAACCUGGUUCAGAGAAAGCUAAGAAACACAUGCACACGGCAUACCACCCUGUUGUAAAAAGUAUUACUUCUCAGUUACAGAACUGGUGAGAGGAGGUUUUUGUCCCAAAUUCCAUUUCUAGUGGAAUGGUGGAGACUCCCGUUUUGUGUUUCCUCAAAUCCACUUCUGUUCCAAAGUGUUCCUGUGGCAAGUGGCACAAGGAUUCAUUUACCUUAACAUCCAUCACCUCUUGGAUGUGGUAUUGCAAAUAUGGACGAGUCCAAUUUUGGUAGAGAGAACAGAUUAUCCAUGAGGGCACUCCUCCGGUCAUGUAUAUAUAACCUGCGUUUUGAUUUUUGUUUUUCUUAUCAUAGAAAUAGUUCGUUGCGGGUGAACUUAUAUAGAAUUAUGUAUGUAAAGCAUACACCAUUUUCAUUGUUUAUUCUUUUCUUUUUUGUGCAUGGGGUCCAGGAAUAUCCGGUGCAUGUAUACUAAUCCUUUUUCUUGUAAUUUUUCACAAUUCUCUGUAUUUAAACUGUCAGGAAAGAGUGAUGCCCUGUUAUGGAACUAAACAACACACUUUUAAGAGUUUUAUUUUCGUUCCUUGAUUGACAAA